GGAGGCGCUGCCGUACGUGUGCGGCAGUCGGGGCCCGGCGCGGCGUGCGGAGGGGCGGCGGGGCCAAUUUGGUGGGCACUUCACUGGAAGACAAUGGACAAUGCCAGGGCAGCAAUCUCUAACUGGUUUGCUGGUGAGCCGCUGUCAUACACACGCUUCAGCAUCGCCAGGCAGAUGGAUGGAGACAACAGCCAUGUGGAGAUGCAGCUGUCUGCUGAUGAUGAGGAAGGAGGAGAAACGGGGAGGCCACAGCACCUGCAUGCCAGCAUGUCUCCUCCCUGGAGGAGUGGGAAGAAUCUCUGUUUCCUAAUCAUUGCAGCAGUCCUCCUUCUUUUGAUUGGGUUUCUCAUCGGCUACUUGAGUUACCGUGGCCGAAUGCAGAAGGCUGGCAGGUGUCUGGAUGGAAGUGGCAAGUGUGAGCUGACUCCUACCGCAUCUUACUUAUCGGAUGAUGAUGAAACUGAGGAAGAAGAGGUUCCUGGACCACGCAUCCUCUACUGGCCUGACCUCAGAGCCCUGUUGUUAGAUAAGCUGUCAACCACACAUCUUGAAAACAGCUUGAGGCAGAGAGCAACUAAGUACUCUUUUGAAGCUGGGCAGAGUGAAGAUGAGGACACUGCCGCCUACAUUCAUGAACAGUUGGCCAGCUUCCACUUGGAUCAAGUGUGGAAUGAUGAGCACUAUAUUAAGUUGCAGGUCAAAGGCAGUAUCAACAACAAAGUGUCUGUUCUGGAAGCUGAUAAGGAAGAGGAACUGGAGAGUCCCGAUGCAUAUGUGGCAUACAGCAAGAUUGGCUCAGCUGUUGGCAAACCAAUCCACGUGAACUAUGGACUGAAAGCUGACUUUCAGAAGAUGCAAAAGCUGGAUAUUUCACUGAAUGGAUCUGUAGCCAUCUUCAGAGCUGGAAAAAUAACCCUUGCAGAGAAGGUUGCAAAUGCCAGAGAGGCAGGAGCAGUUGGUGCCCUGAUGUACCUGGACCCCAGCGAUUACAAGAAUACAGAUGGGCUUGUCCCCUUUGGACAUGCUCACCUUGGAACUGGAGACCCUUUCACCCCAGGCUUUCCUUCUUUCAACCACACCCAGUUCCCACCAGUGGCAUCUUCUGGACUGCCUGACAUUGUUGUUCAGACUGUCUCUAGCCAAGCCGUAGGGAAGCUGUUCAGGAAAAUGGAUGGAGACAACUGCCUCCCAGAGUGGAAGAGUGGGAUCCUGGGAUGUAAGGUGAUGCCAAGCAGCACGAGCAAGAUGACAGUGAAACUGGACGUGAACAACACUAUGGUGAACAGGAAGAUUCUGAACAUCUUUGGUGCUAUCAAGGGAUUUGAAGAACCAGAUCGGUAUGUUGUGAUCGGAGCCCAGAGAGACUCCUGGGGCCCAGGAGCAGCCAAGGCUGGUGUUGGAACUGCCAUAUUGUUGGAACUUGCCCGUGUGAUCUCAGACAUGGUGAAAAACGAUGGCUACAAGCCACGGCGCAGCAUCAUCUUUGCCAGCUGGAGUGCGGGAGAGUACGGGGCUGUGGGUGCCACAGAGUGGCUGGAGGGGUACUCUGCCACGCUACAUGCCAAAGCCUUCACUUACAUUAACUUGGAUGCAGCAGUCCUAGGCUUCAACCACGUGAAGAUUUCUGCCAGCCCAUUGCUGUACACAUUGCUGGAGAGAACUAUGAAGGGGGUGCGGGACCCAAUGAAGGAUUCAAGAAGCCUGUAUGACAGAGUUGGCUCUGACUGGGUAAAAACAGUUGUUCCCCUUGGCCUGGAUAAUGCAGCAUUCCCUUUCCUGACCUACUCGGGAAUCCCGGUGGUUUCCUUUGGUUUCUGCAAUAAGGAUAAUGAAUAUCCUUUCUUGGGCACUACUGAGGACACUCUAGAGAACCUGAAGAGGAUUGACAACUUGUAUGCUCUUAUGCGUGCUGCUGCAGAAGUUGCUGGACAAAUAGCUCUCAGGCUGACCCACGAUCAUGAGCUCUUCCUGGACUUUGAGAGAUACAGUGACGAAUUGCUAGAAUUCCAGGAGAAAUUUUUACUCUAUGAUGAUGAUGUGAAGGAUCUGGGGCUGACCUUGAACUGGCUGUUUUUUGCCCGUGGUGACUUCCAGCGAGCUACAGAUGCACUGAGAAGAGACAUUGCAAACAGUGACAGGGAAAACAAGAUUGUCCGCAGAGCCCUGAAUGACAGGAUCAUGAAGGUGGAGUAUGACUUCCUCUCCCCGUACCUCUCGCCAAAAGAUGCUCCUUUCCGCCACAUCUUCUUCGGCAGAGGCCCACACACCCUGCAGAGCCUGCUGGAGAGCCUGCAGCUGCUGAGAACCAGCAGAGACAGCGUGGACCUCAACAUGCUGAAGGAGCAUCUGGCCCUGGCGACCUGGACCAUUAAAGGGGCUGCCAAUGCCUUAGCGGGUGAUAUCUGGGAUACAGACAACGAAUUCUAGACACAGCAAACACCUGGUGAAGGUACAGGGUUAGGGAAACCCACUGCCUGACGAGGCAUUUUGUUUUGUAGAUUUUCUGGCAACAAAUCUUUUUUGACCAAAGUUGAGCGUAAAAUUGAAAUCUCACCUUGACAAAUUCACAGGAGGCAGUUUUAAAGCAGGUACUAAGAUUACCAUGAGAUCUCCUCUGACCAGGCUCCCAUCUGACCACAGUCCAAACUGGUCACUCUACAGCUGCUUGUGGGCUUGCUCUCCAGUGUACUUCAGAACUAACAGCUCAGGUGACUCCUGAACAGGUACCGUGGGUGAGGAGGUACCUCAUCUAUUUAGGGUUUUAAUUGUUGGCCUCCUAAACCAAGCAGGGAAUGCAUUCCUCUGAAUGCUUCUAAUGAGGAUUCCUUCUCUGGCAGGGAGCUGCAGAGACCAACCUGUAGUUCAAAAAUAAAACAACCUAGCAAUAGCCCACAAGUGCUGGAUUAUCAGCAAGCUCUGAAGUGCCUGGCCUGCCUUUACUCAACAGCAGGGUCCCAGAGACAGCUCAGAGGCUUCCUUCUGCCGAGGCAGUACCCAGGGAAAACCCAGAGAUUAGCUAAUGCUCCCUUUAUAUCCUUCCCUGGCACCUCGGUGAGUCCUGCAGUGUUGAGCAGUGGCUCUGGGCUGGCACUUCAGACCUUGCUGCUCUGGGGCCUUUUGUAAAAUCGAGUCUUCUUGCUGUCCAAACCUUGUUUGACUGAUGCCAUUUUUCAGGAUACCUCUUGUUUGGCACUGAGAUAUUUAUUUGUUUAUUUAUUUAUCAGUGACAGCGUUCACUAUAAAUGGUGUGGUUUUUUUAUAGAAGAUAAUUAUCGGAAGCAGUGCCUUCCAUAAUUAUGACAGUUAUACUGUCGUUUUUGAAUAAAGCAGCAUCUGCUAUUACAAUCAAACAUGAUACUGGAACUUUGCAUUUAAAAUAAUCUAAAUCAGGCCCCUUGGGGGGGGAAAAAAUUGAAAACUAGCAAUUAAGCUUUCUGUGGCAAAAACACCCCUCUGGAAGAAACCCGAAGGUGUAAACCUGGUAGCGAGUCUCCAGCUUGCACUCUAAAUUGAUCCUUGAAAUGCUGAUAACCUGGGUGGAAACUCAAAUACUAGAAAUGUGGCUUCCCUGCAGUGUCUGUGCCCCUCUGUGGGUUUCAGACCCCAUCCUGGGUCCCCUUUGUGGGUGCCAUGUUCCUCCCCAGCCCCGGCGGAGGGGCUCGCUGUGCAGCCCCAGCUCUGCCCGUGGCAACACACAAAGCUUCUUGUACCUCAGAUGAAGCAUUGGCCCAAUUAUUAAAUGGCAGCUUCCUGCAAACUUCCAGUACCUUAUGUAUCAUGAAACCUAACUGACAUUAUCGGAGGCAGUGUCUUCCAUAAUGUGUGAAGAACAAGGUAGUUUUUGCCUACCACAGUGUUAUAUCGGAGGCAGUGACCUCCAUAUGUUGCACUAUGGGUGUACGUAAUUAUCGGGGACAGUGUUUCCCAUAAUUGUUCUAUGCUUAUCAUGCAAUGUCAUCUGCAAAGCUUGAUGGUUAGUAUCUAACAUGGAUCAAUUUCCUGCAGUCCUAUUUUUUUUCCACUCUCCUGUGGUGAUGCAGAUACAAAGUUCGGUCUGUUGUGUACUUCCUUAGACUUUCCCUUCUCUGUAGGCUCAAGUUUCAAAUAGCUGUGCUGUGUUAAAGUGGCUUCCUGCCUCCAGUCAUGGGACUGGUGCUUGAAUGUUUAGUGGAAACUAAGCUAGUUAGACUGUGUGCUCUGUGAUUUAGUAAACUUCCUUCAAAUCAGCUACAAAGACUCGGGGAAUUGAAGGUGAAUGUAGGGCUCGGGGCUGGCUGCUGUUGCGAGGGCUCUGGUCACUGCUCUGGAUAGGCCUGUGCACCGUGCAAGAGGCUGUCCCUCCUGUGCAGGAGGCUGAUGCUGGUGUGUGUGCACAAGAAGGGACUUGUUCCCCAGGACUUGCUGGAAACUCCAGUCUGGCCUCCUGAGUGUCGUUGUGGGGGCAGGGGGGGGAAGCAGAAAGCAGUGGCACCAUUUGCGUGGUGUCCCUCUGCUCCCUGACCUGACGCAGAACGCUGCUGCUUUGUUAGACCUGCUGAACUGUGCCGCCUCUUCCCAAAAAGCAGCUGUUUGGUGUCAGCCCUGUCCCCUGCAAACAGCUUGGGCAAGUGUUUAAACCUGAACUGAGCGAGUGACCUGAGCCCCAGCAAUAGUCCUUGAGGGACAGAAUAUUGUUCAAAUGGAGCAGAGACCUUGGCCUCCACAAGGAGCAGGCAAGGCUGAGCCCCAGCCCGGCUACUGAGCUCAGGCCUCACCACCUUGGACGGCUGGAUUUUCCUCUGUCUCUCCAGAAGCCCAGGCUCAUGCAGCUCCUUGGCUUAUCUGUACCUCCCCUACUCUCUCAGGCAUGUGUGCAGCCCUGGCCUCUGUUACUGUUUCCUAGUGACUCUUCUUUGGAUGACAUUUCAGAGCUGCUGUCUGGGAGUGCUCACUGUAGUGUUUGCAUGCAUCUUAAUGUCAGACUUAAUCCUGUGCAUUGUAGCCAGAGAAAGACACUGCCUGUCUCCUGGCUGGGCAGCACGAGACCGCUGCGGUGUCAGGAGGCAGUGCUGGCAUCUGACUGGUGUGGGGUGCAAACCUCUGUUCCUGCAUUACCUGCUGUCAGCUUCAAUAAAGUUUUAAAGCUUGAA